GUUUUAGAUGCGGGAAGACUGAAAGAAUACGGUGAGCCUUACAUUUUGCUGCAAGAACAAGACAGCUUGUUUUACAAAAUGGUGCAACAAGUGGGCAAGACUGAAGCUGCUGCUCUGAUGGAAACAGCAAAACGGGUAUACUUCAGUAAGAAUUACCCAGAAGUUGUUCAGAAUGGUCAGCUUGCCACAGACUCCUCCUUGGAUCCUUCCUCAGGAUUAUGCAUAACUGAAACUGCACUGUGAUUCCUCAUUGCCUUAACUGUUCUCUGCAGAAUGUAAACCUGAGAUCAUCUAAACUUGGCUUCAACGGGAGAGGAAAGGGAAGGGGGCAAUUCUUUGCACUGGACAUCCUUCCUAUUUAAUACUGAGAAGAAAAUUUGUAUUGUCCCUGUUUCUUUCAUUUCAGUGCAAUAUGUUUUUCUUUCCAGCUAAUUAUGUUUGUGUUGCUAAGGAAAUUAGGCAGAUUCAGUUUUUAUUUGAAAGUUAUGUGGUAGAGAUCUCUUUUAUUUAAACAGGUGCAGGACACCUAUCAGGUCUAGUGUGCAUAUUUGGAGCUUAGUAAAAUAAUGGGAAUGUGUCCUUCUUUUUUCUUCUAGAAAUAUUUUGAGAGCAAGCAAAACCAAAUUUUUCUCAGUGUCUCUUUAGCAUGACAGCUCUGUCUGAACAGCAGAUUUGGUAGUGUGCAACUCACUUGUCUAGAGGAACUGUCUUUCUACCUGUCACAAGUACCUAUGCAGGCUGGUAGGAAAAAAACUUGAAGAAGCCAAAAACACUUUUUCAUUUUGAUAGAAAAGUACUAUAUACUUUUUUUAAAUAAACAGUUCAAAUAAUGCUGUUCAAGAUGAAUGUAAAUAUUAGUUUUAUUUUGUUAAAAUCCAAAUGCUGAAAAAUCAGUCUCAGUCUUCUGUGCUUCAGAAGAAAAUUACCACAUUUGCACUGAAGAAAUAUUUAAAUAAUUUAACAUACAUUCCUCUUUUUACCCAGGUUAUCAAAGAAAAAAAGGUAUUAAAAUAACUUGAGGAAAUGUUUGAAUGACAUGUCAUUAUACCUAAAUACUGUGUAGUACAAAGUUAUCUUCAACACAACACAUUGAAAUGUAUACAUUAUUUGCAUUUAUUGUGCCUUAAUAUUUGUGCCUUCAAGCCAAAGCUGUAACUGCAGGGUACACAACAAAUUCAUUAGAUAUAUGUUAAAAAUACGUAACUUUAGUUUUGCAUCAGGGGUUCUGUUGAACUUCAGCUGUAUGAAGUUACCAUCCUGCCAGAAUAAGUAGGAAAAUACAACCUGUAGUUUCAAAUGGCAGUUGCUGAUAGAGAGGAAUGCAGUGAGAAAGGGGUUCAAUAUUCAUAAGUUAUGUCCUGAUUUGGCAAAGCACUUCAACACAAAGGCACUAUUCCCAUGCUUGAAAAAUAAACGAAGCAAGUGCUGUGCUGCUUUAGGUCUUUUCAAAUCUGAAAAAAUUUGAGCUAUUCUUUGAGGUCCAGUAGAAAAUACAUCUAUUCAUCUUGUUGUUUAAAGGCCACAGGAGAGACUAAAAGGCAACAGAUUUCUUCAGGAAAUGGAAAAUACUGUGCUUUUUUAAAAAUACUGAAGAUGCUUGCUAUUACCUUUGUAAUGCCGAACAAGUGUUAUUUACCCAGUAUUCAUGCAGUGGUCUAAAAGUAAGGCAAACACGAGUGUUUCUCAUUUCAAGCAGUUCUACUAGAAUGCAGUUUAGUCAGAUACAAAGUUACUUCUUACUGAGGAGUAAAUGGCGGCCAAAGCCUGUGCAUCAGCACAACCACUCAUUUUGCACAUCUUCCUGCUUGAAGCCAGCCUGAUGGUGAGAGGCAGAGUCCCUGUUCCCCUGUUACAGCAUCCUCCCUGCACUGGGGCUUGCUGUCCUGCUGUGAGACCCCAUGAGACAGGGGAUUGUGUCUGCAGUGCCACCAGCCAGCUUUCUGAGGGACAGGGUUCUUUUGGGGCUUGUGGAGCAAACAUCAGGCAUCAGUGUGUGCUGGUAACAUCCUCUCAACAUGCUUAAAAAUCAUUAGGGGGGAGUCACAAAAUGAGAUGCUUUUGCCCCUAGCCUUUUUUGUCAAGUCUAACACUUCUCCUGCAGUGUGUAGCACCUUACACUGGAACAAGUUCCACUGAGAUCCAUGGAACUGAACUUGACACAGUGAUGUGCAACAGGAGGCUAGUGCUACAUCUGAUGAUAAAAUACCAGCCAGCCAGGGGCAGCUACCAGCCACCAGGGCAUAUGGCACAAAUGUGCUCAUGUGUGCAGUGCUUAUGGCAGAUCCUUCUGAGAGCACACCAGCCACAUCCACUUUCUGUGUGGCUUGGCCCUUCUCUGAGCUGCUGCAGUCCACCUGCACAGUGUCCUAGCACACAGUUAUCAUCCUGUGUGUUCCGUGGCUGUUUUCUUUUUUGUUAAAGUUGUCUGAAAUAAGGAUAGGGCUGUUCUGCAGCUGAGUGAGAGUAGUGGUUGCAUUGCACAGGUAUGUGAAGAAGUAAAGUUUAAAUGUGUAAAGUCAUGUUAGAUAAUUCUAGGGGAUUGUGUAGUGUAAAGAAAGUUCAACCUCAUGGCCUUGUCCGCAACUGCCUUUUUGACAAGGAUCCAUGGAUCCAUGUCCAAACUCUGUUCAAGCUUUGCCAUGGAAAAACUCAUUUGAAUGGUGCAAAAACACAGCUACGGUGAGCUGAUCAGGAAGGCAGUGCACUUCAUCGAGUUGGGAGUUUGAGCUCCUUUGUUUAUCUUCUUUUUUGAGAAGUGUGAAUAUAUUCAGAGUCUGUGUUCUACAAUAUGGAAUUCUUAUUGUUGUUAAACACUUAGUCCUUAUAGAAGAAGAAAUGUGAUGAAUAAUACAGAGUCUUUUAAAUACUAUAAGAGAAUAGUGAGUUCUCCUGGCCGUACAUACCUUAGUUUAUAUUUUUUUAUCAGACCCAAGGAGAUCUGCACACGUAAACCAAGGGUAUAAUUACAGUUUUAGUUCAUUUCAGCUCUGAAAUGAAUCUAUGGUAAGUUAUAUUUCAGAGCAGAACUCCAAAACGCUGGCUGCUGCAGACUCACUCGUAUGAGACCCUGACUGAUGUGGCUAUCAGUCUAUAAGCUAGAAUUAAUUUGAUCCUGUAGCUUUUUGAAUGUGCACAAAAAUGUUAGGUAUCUCUGAAAAUGCUGAUUCUCCUUCUCUACGUGUUUUGGCAGGACACUACUUGCUGUAGGUAUCAAAUGUCAAUAUAAGACAAAACAAAUUUCUUAAAAAAAUCACACUUGAAACCCAUAAAUUGCUGAGUAGAACAACUGAUAGCAAGUCAUUCAUGUCUGUCAUUGGCAUUAUUUCAUCUUUUUGGUUUAAAGCAAUAAAAAUAUUUUAUUCAGGAAACUGGUUUUGCUGGUAUUGUUGAUAGCUGUUUUGUUCAGAUGUUGAUUAAGACUGACUGACCCAUUUAAUUUUAAAUGUGUAAAAAAGGUGCAGUGGACCUGAAUGGCAGAACUCAAAUCAGGGGAAAAAAAAAGGCCUUCAUGUGGUGAAAGCCUUGGUCUGUUAAGUGAAUACAUUAUCUUUCCAACAAGGUGUUUUAUGUUUCCUUACAAAGAAAAAUUUAAAUAGUUUUAAGCUUCCAUUUUGAAAAAUGUUGUGCUUUAUUUGAACAUAGCAAAGCAGGUUACUCAAAGUUGCAUACCUUACUGGAGAUAUUGGAAAAAGAACUCAGUCUCCCGAGUUAUUCAAGCCUUUAAAAUAUUUCUUCUCCAUGAGGUGCCUUAAAGUAUUCCAGAGUCUUAUUUCUAAUAAAUAUAAUUUUAUACAGUUAUUCUGAAAAUCAUCAGUUACAAAACUCAUGUUUCUUAGAUGUAAAAAUCUAGGAACAGCGUCUACUUCUGAUCCAGAGAAUUGUUUUUCUUACAUUUGUUUUGGUCUCUUUUUGCUCCACCCCUUCUCCGAAGACCACUGUGAGCCAACAGACCAUGUUGGCAUUUCCAAAGCCACAGUUUGCCAGGAUAGAUUAUUUAAUAUUUUAGUUAUUUGCUUGUUUUAAGGACAAAAAUUCUCUUUAGUAAACUGCACCAUGUGCCAGAUGGGUGUAAUCUUCUGUGAUACCAUUUGUACUGCCCUUAGGAAGAGGGAGGACUUUCUGGCCAGCCUCAAUAAUGCUGUUUUCUUAAGUAAUGUUGAUGGCUUUUUUUAGCCUUCCCAAUACACAUGUGAAAUAAGAUUGCAGAAAGAAUCAUCAGAAAUGCUGCUCUUUUUUUUGUUGUUUAGCUGACCCUUUGAAAUAUCUCAAAAUAUUCAAAAUUUGCCUCUUUUUUUUUGUUUUGGAGGGGGGAAGAAAGAAUUGAAAUCACUUCUUCCUUGUGAUGGUGAUGAGCAUGACAGUUUUCGCAGAAGAUGUGGCUUUCUGUGUAUGUUUUACACUGUGUAACAGCGCGCUGCUUUUUCAUCAUUUUAACUCUGGUUUUGUUUUGGUUUGGUUCUUGCCUUUGUUGUAAUAAUUUGAUUUUGGCAUUACUAUGGAAUGGUUUCUUUUGUGGACGUUCACGUGACAACUGCUGUCAUACAAUAAAAGGCAUUUC